CCCCCUCACUCCUAGACUCACGUUUCAGUUUGAAAUAAAGUAUUAUUUUUAUUUGAUAAAUUCAGACUGAAAUUAAAUAGCCCAUUGUAUGAACCACACCCACACCCACACCCACACCCACACCUACACCCACACCCACACCUACACCUACACCCACACCCACACCCACCCCCACACCCAAGGUAGUUUCUAUCAUCGGAUGAUGUUGUUCAUAUCAUCUCAAUACAACUGACAUUGAAUGCUUUAUUCUUGUCAUCAACAUCAGAAAAUAAUCAGACACAAAAAUAUUGUUCAUAUAUGUAUUUUCAGUAGAUCAGUUCGAUUAAUAUGUCAGGUUGCUCUAAGGCUUGAAAAUAUUCUCUCAUCAUCAUGUGUGUAGAUCAUAUCGUGUCAAGAAAUUAUCAACGAAGUUUAGUCUAUCAUUGGUUAUUAUUGCCAAAGGAGUAUUCUCAAAAUAAAAAUCACUUGCUAAAAUAUAAAAGCAGUCGCAUAUCUGAUAUGAUUUCAACACUAGAAAAAAGAAAGCAAAUGAAAGAAUAGCGUUGUAUUCUUUGAAACUGCUAUUUGGUGUGUGAAGAUUAUUGAUUGAAAAUUUUUCUCGUUCUGUACGGUUUAUUACCUUCCAACAGCCUGUUUUCAACGUUAGAAGAAAAAAAUGCAUAAAAAUCAUUCAAUAUUAUUGUUUACCAACUAUGUAACCACUAAAAAUCAGUCUAACAAUCCUCUCAUAUGAUGCUUAAUAUUUCAUGUGUACCAUAGCUCUUGUUUUCCGAAGAUCUUAUAGUGAAAUUAAUUUUUGGAGAUUUGUAAUUAACUGUUGUUAAAGGCAAAAUAAUUACACAUGUCUGGUUGGUUGAUGUUAUUGAUGUUACUUCUUCAUUCCUUUAGUGACGCAGAAAUUAUACAAUCUUCGUGCAUCUAAAGUAGUUGAUUUCUUCCUAAAAGAAUUCGCAACAACGAAUACAAACAAUCGCAGUUGGAAUAAUCCAACAUAUUAUUUCUUACCUGACACGAUUUCACAAUUUCAACGGCAUAUAUAUUCUGUUGUGUCGAUUGUUCACUUCAUUUGAUUUAAUCAAAACACAAUAGCAAUUCUAUUCUUCUCAUAAAACAAAAAUAAACUAAAAUGAUUUCCAAUCGAAAAAAAUAUUACUCAUUAUCGCAACAAUGUGAAAAUAACAUUAAAAGGUAAAAUUUGAAUUCUAAUCAACAGUUUUUUUGCAUUAUCUCUAAUUUUUAUCUUUUUUUUGCAACAAUAUAGAUGUAUAGAGCAUUGGUUUUAUUUGGAAGAUUCACAAAGAUUUAUUCGAUCUAUAACGCAUAUAAGCAUACAAGACGCAUAUGAACGAAUGCUUCAUGAACUAUCGACAAUGGAUGAUCGUUUCUAUGAUGCCAUCGAUACAGGAAAACUUCGCAUACAGGCUACAAGAGCCACUCGGAAACAGUUUGCUGUACAAGGUAGGUUAAUUUGUUCGAACACAGUGAAACUCAUCGUAUUUCUUUUUAUUAAGAGAUUUUGAUAAUGCAACAUAUCAUAUGCCGAGAGCAGGAUUAUCGUCCAAUCUCUGAAAAUAAACUCGUUGACAAUAAUGAUUCAGGUAAUUAUCAAUUUUCUUCUAAAAAAGCAGUCUAAUGUAUAAAAAUGUUUUUAGAGUAUGAUAAACAACCAUCUAAUUAUAAACUCUGUACAUCAGCUAUUACAAAAAUACGUAUACGCUGUGCCAAUUAUAUUUGGAAAGAAUGGGCUAAUGAAAGACAUUGGGGACCAAGAGUUGGUGUCAUUGCAAUUUCAACUAAUGAAGUGGAUGCAGAAAAAGUUUUACUGAUUUCAUUUAUUGAAAAUGGUCGUUUCAAUUACGGAUUUCCUAAAGGAAAGCCUAAUCUUGGUGAAACGAUUAGAAUGGGAGGUUUUCGUGAAUUUCAAGAAGAGACUGGUAUCAAUGACAUAAGUUCUGCUCUUCACAUACAUGAAAAUGGUGGUGUAAUUAUCAAGAAAUAUCCACAAAUUGGUCCGAGACAACAACGUCGAAGACGAACACAUUAUUAUAUUAUGACUAUAACACCCACUCAAUUUGAAUCAUUUCGGCCCAAUCGAAAAGAAGUUUGGGUAAGUUAA